AUGUGUUUCCGGUGUGGUAAGCCAGGACACAUUGCUCUCAGCUGUACAGGGCCUCCACAAAAGAAGGAUGAUGAUCAGGACAAGAAUAGGAAAGGAAAGGCCUGGGUUUUUGUAUUAAAUCACCAUGAGGCGAAGCAGGAUCCGAAUGUGAUAGCAGGUAUUCUGUUAUUAUCUUAUGUACCUGCUUACGUACUUUUUGACUCUGGGGCUACAAGUUCUUUUAUCUCUGUAUCCUUCGUCGCUAGGUCAAACUUUACAUGUGUGAAAAUGAAUUAUGAAUUAGAGGUUAGCAUCCCUUCAGGAAGAACUCUUUGUGAAAAUCAGAUGACUAAGGCUAUGAAGUUAGAGAUUGCUGAGAAAAUAUUACAAGCGGACUUAUACCUUUUGGAGAUGAAAGAUUUUGAUGUUAUUUUAGGCAUGGAUUGGUUGGGACUUACUCAUGAAACCAUUCGAUGUCACGAGAAAGAAAUAUUGUUUCACAGACUAAGAGAGGAAGAAUUUCAUUUCUUUGGAGCAAAGUUCAAGUCUUCGCCUCGUUUAGUAUCGGCUAUUCAAGUGGAAAAGAUGUUGAGAAAGGAGUCAUGUCAAGGAUUUCUAGUUAAUAUCACCAGUCCCCAACAUAUAGAAACUACUGUUAACAAUAUUAACGCCAUUCGAAACUUUGCAGACAUAUUUCCAGAAGAAUUACUAGGUAUUCCACGAGAUAGACAAGUGGAAUUUACAAUUGAUUUUGUUCCUGGAGCAGCACCAGUAUCCAAGGCCCUGUACCGAAUGGUGCUAAAGGAAAUUCAAGAAUUGAAGUUGCAAUUAGAAGAGUUGCUGGAGAAAGGCUUCAUUCGACCAAGUGUAUCUCCUUGGGGCGCUCCUAUACUUUUUGUGAAGAAGAAUGAUGAAAGUAUGAGGAUGUACAUUGACUACCGGGAAUGA